CGUCGGUUCGUGCGUUCGUCACCUUCGCUCUUUUUCGCCUGCUGCUGCUUCGCUUAUUUUCAUAAAGCCAUUCCAAACGAUCCCAUCUGCCGGCCCAACACUCAGUCCGCAAUUUAGUAUUUGAUCAAAGUGCUCCGAGUCUGGUUGCGCUUUUGCUCACACGUUGUCAUUGCGGUCGCUAUUUACUGUUACAGGGCUGUGGCAUCCUUCGUGCGCGUUCAACGUCACUCGGCGUCGCCAUCGUUAUCUGUGCUGACCUCCGUUUGCUCUGUACAGAGUCGUCUAUCGGCUAUUGAAAACUCGAAAACUCGGUUGUAGGCUAGUUGGUUUUCGUAGCGCUUCUGAUAUAAAAAAGCGUAAUUACUUAAUACAAAAAACGCGACGCAGAAAUUCGUUAUAAAAAACCGACUAUCGUGUCGCACAAAAUCGGUUACUGGGAAAGUUAAUUGAUAGUGAAAAGCCUGUAGCUUCGUGCAAAGCUUUGGAAAAAUCAUACGGGCAUAAUUGUGGCCAGCGAAAAGGUUUCACAGCAGUAAACCGCAAUCUGUUGAUAUUUGACUUUUUGGAUUUUUCGCUUGGUGCAUUUGUCAUAUAACUCCAUUCAAAACGGCGCAGAAAUUCAGUCCACUCAAGCGCAAAACCGUUGCAGAGCCGACACAUCAACUCCUCAGCAACAAUAGUCGCGCGCCACUCAGCAACAUGUCGCAGUUGAUGUUUUGGAACAAACAGAACAACAACAACAACAUAAAGAAUCAAUCAAACGAUAGCAAUAAAAACGAUAAAAACGGUGCUACGGAGGAUGCGAAAAAGGACAAGCGCAAUUGGUUGCAUACGCCCGAUGCACUCGUCAAUGGCCACGUCGUCUAUCUAGUCAAGUUCUUUGGGAAUUUACCUGUGGAGCAGGCCAAAGGCAUUGAAGUGGUCAAAGAUGCCAUACGUAAGCUGCAGUUCGCCCAGGAGAUGAAGAAGGCCGAGACGGGUACUCAGGAAAAGUGUAAAAAAGUCGAAAUCACCAUCAGCGUGGAUGGUGUCGCUGUACAAGAGCCGCGCACACAGAAGAUUCUGCAUCAAUUCCCGUUGCACAACAUUUCGUAUUGUGCCGACGAGAAGGGUGUAAAGAAGUUCUUUAGUUUUAUUGCCAAAACAGUAAAGCCACUGGAUGGGGGUAUCAAUGGCACCUCCACGGGUAGCAGCAACGGCGUGAGUAGCUCCAACGGCAGUAACAGCACCGGUGGCAGUAACACUGAGGAGACACAUGAGUGCUUCGUAUUCAUAUCUAAUAAAUUGGCGUCGGACAUUACGCUGACCAUCGGACAGGCGUUCGACUUGGCUUACAAAAAAUACAUCAACAGCGUUGAGAAGACAGAUCUGGGCAAGGCGCAGCAGCAGAAUGCCGAGCUGGAAAAAGCGAUCGCCAUUUACAAAAGUCGACUGCGCGAGUUAUCGUUGAAGCUGCCAAAAUCCGAACUGGAUUCGAUGCUUUUCAAAAUGGGCAUCAAAGAUAUACUGGAUCUGCCGGCUGCUGAAAAUGGCGCACUAACCAAUGGCAACGCCACCAAAGCGAACAUGCUUGAAGACAAACUGUUGAUUGACACCAAUUCAAUGCAUUCGAUGAAGUCAUCGUCGGGAUCAUCGUCAUCCUUUGUGCCAAUCGUGCCGCCACGCAACAAUCUACCAAGCCAAAUCAUACACAAAUCGAAUAGCCAAAAAAUGGAGGAGCUGCUGCUCAACUCCGACUCAGACAGUGACUUCGAUCCGCGCGCCGAUGAAUGCGUCGACGGCGGGAGCAGCAGCAGCAGCGGUGGCGGCAAGAACAUUAGCAACGAUCUGUUCGGCUUUGAGCCAGCCAAAUCAUAUGGCCAACAAUUGUUCACCAAUCAGAAUAACAAUAUCAACAACAACAACGAUAGUAAAUUGGUGAAUAACAACCACAACGGCAUUAAUUUAAGUUUGAGCAACGCCAGUGUCGGCAACAACAGCAAUAGUUUAAGCAACAACAAUUUUACAAGCGACCUAACGCCGCCGUUACUGGCACCUCCGCCUAAAGUGGCCGCACCCAGACGCAGUACAUCGGUCACGAACAACAUCACAAGCACAAACAACAAUAAUAACAUAACCGUGACCAACGGCAAUACAGAUCUAUUCGGCUCGGAUCCAUUCGAAAUAAAUAAUGGACCCAGUAUUUUCAAGAGCAAGAUGAUGAGUGUAGAUGACUUCACGUUGGAGAGUUUGGAUCCAUUGCGAAAGUAAGCCGGUCGCGUCAUUCGGAGCGUCGUCGAAGCCUCUUUAUAUUGAUUACGUGAACGCUCCAACAAAUGCUUCCAACUCCAAAUGAACCGUUAGAAUAACUAAUAUGAUCGCAUAUCUGCAAGGCACGACGCCAAGGCGUCCAUUUGGAGGCAUACCAAGUAUUUUCAAUGCCGAAACGAUACAAAUGCUUAAAACUGUAAUAUGUUUGCAUCGAAUAUUUGUAUACAUUUACUUACACACACACACACACACACACAUAAAAACAGUUAUAGAUUUUGUGUAUAUACGGAUGCAUUAGAUAAAUAUUAUGUAAGAUUAAUUAACGCUUGUGAGCGCACGGCCUUACAGUGAUGCACGCAUAUAGAGCGCAUAUACGCGGGCUGCCCAAGCGAUCUGCCUGUAUAUUGUGUAGAUUCAGUCGGAAAUUUCAACUAAAUUCGUGCUUCCUUUAAAUAACUGUAUUAUUUCCUAUUUGCAAGUAUUUGUUUGUGUUUUCUCCUCUCUUUCUGUAAUUGAACCACUUAGCGGCGGCUUAAGUCCAACAGUUUUCCUACGAGUUAAGGUGUAUUUUUUGCGCUCCUUAAUGCUCCGCUAAUGAUGACCCCAUAAAUACUAUGAUAAAUGAUGUGUAUAAAAUUAUUUUAUUUAUUACGUUUUUUAUAAAUAUAAAUAUUAUAUAGGUAUAUAUGUAUGUAUGUAUAUGUAUCGAAUCUAUUGAUUUAAUUAUUUUACUGCGAUUAUUAUCAAAUUAUGAUUAUUGAUUAUGGUGAUGAUGAUGAAUUCGUUAAUUAUGAAGAUUCGCUGUUAAAGUAAAAUUUCUCCAAGGAUUAAAAGUGAUAGCACCCACCCGCCCCCUCGUAUACUCGUACAUGUACAAUAUUAAUAUUUGGUAGGUAUCUAUCGCUCCUUAACCAAAACACUCACCCACGCACACACAUAUAUACAUAUGUAUGUGUAACUAUAUAAAGUAACGGUUAUAAUCCUUAUGAUAGUAAUGAUCACAAUUAUUACGAAUAUUUUAAAAGUUUAUGUAAAAUAAUUGAAAAUAUGUGCUUUGUCUGUAUGUUAAAAAUGUUAACAGUUGAAAUUGAACACAUGCACGCACACCCACACAC